AUCACUAACUCAACAUCGAAUCCAAUACUUACGUGCGCCCAUACUCGACACUGAGUCCGACACCUUCGACACAUCAAUCCUUAACAAUCACAACCACCUCUCUCUCUCUCUCUCUCUCUCUCUCUCUCUCUCUCUCUCUAUUUGACUCGCUCCGAUUCGCAACUCGCCCACUCAUCCAUCUCAUCCUAUAUAACAUACAAAAAUAGUCGAACUGAUUGGAAAACACAGAAAAAAGAAGAAGAAAAGCGAUGAGUAAUAAGAGACCCAGAAGUGGAAGCAGCAUCGACAAGGCCGUGGUCGAUGUUUGGCAACGAGAACUCGGUCAGCUCUCCUCUCGAAGCUUCGCUCAUCGACUCGGUGGUUCCGAGGAUCUUGUGCUUCGACUUGAUCUCUACAAGAAGUUGGAAAAGCACAAAGGAUGUGUGAACACUGUAAGCUUCAAUGCAGAUGGUGACAUUCUGGUUUCAGGCUCAGAUGACAGGCGGGUUAUACUUUGGGAUUGGGAAACUGGGCGUAUCAAGCUUUCAUUUCAUUCAGGUCAUGAUAACAACGUUUUUCAAGCAAAGAUCAUGCCUUGCACAGAUGAUCGAACCAUUGUCACCUGUGCUGCAGAUGGGCAGGUGAUACUUGAUCAGAUUCUGGAACGCGGGGAAGUGGCAGUUACAACACUUGGCAAACAUCAUGGACGAGCUCAUAAGUUGGCCAUUGAGCCUGGGAGCCCUCAUAUAUUUUACACCUGUGGUGAAGAUGGACUGGUGCAGCAUUUUGAUCUGAGAACUCGGACUGCCACAGAACUUUUCACAUGCCAACCAGUUGAUGAUAGGAGGCGUUACAGAUCAGUUAUUCCACUAAAUGCAAUUACAAUUGAUCCUAGGAAUCCAAAUCUCUUUGCGGUUGCAGGUUCUGAUGAGUAUGCUCGACUUUAUGAUAUCCGCAAGUAUAAGUGGGAUGGAUCAACCGAUUUUGGUCAACCCACAGACUACUUUUGCCCUCCACACUUGCGUGAUAAUGAACAUGUUGGAAUAACAGGCUUGGCCUUCUCAGAACAGAGCGAACUGCUAGUGUCAUACAACGAUGAGUUCAUCUAUCUUUUUACUCGUGAUAUGGGAUUGGGGCCUAAUCCACUUCCAGCCUCUCCAGUGUCUAUGGGCAGUGAUGCAAGUGAAAUAGGAGGUGAUCAUCAGUUGGCAGCAUCUCCAUCAGCUAUGGAUACUGACGAAAAAGUUAUCCCCCAAGUUUACAAGGGGCACAGGAAUUGUGAGACAGUGAAAGGUGUGAACUUCUUUGGGCCUAAAUGUGAGUAUGUAGUGAGUGGGUCAGACUGUGGCCGGAUAUUCAUAUGGAAGAAAAAAGGAGGGGAGCUAAUUCGUGUCAUGGAAGCUGAUAAGACUAUUGUAAACUGUAUUGAGUGUCAUCCUCAUACCAUGGUGCUUGCAAGUAGUGGAAUUGAUGAUGACAUCAAGAUGUGGACUCCAAAGGCUUUGGACAGAGCUGUUCUGCCUACAAACAUCGAACAGGUUCUGAAACCUGAUCGAAUUCAUUGCUUUGCAUUUGAUGACUACUUCAACGACGAUGAUGACGAUGAUGAUGAUGAUUGUUUGUUCAAUGAUUAUUACUUUUCUUACGAUGACGAUGACGAUGACGACGACCCUGACGACGACGACGACAAUGACGACGACGACGACGACGACGACGACGAUAAUGAUGAUGGUGAUAAUGACAAUGAUGUUGAUGAUGAUAAUGAUGAUUUUGGUUUCGAUGAUGAUGAUGAUGAUGAUGAUGAUCACAAUGAUGAUGCCGGCAAUUGCAUUGAUGAUGUUGAUGACAACAUUGCCAAUGAUGGUAAUUUUUUUGGUGGUCCUAAUGAAUGCUGAUGGUAAUUAUGAUUUACACUUUUUGUGUCCAACAGAAACCCAGGCCCGGGGGCUGGAUGUAUCGAAUAUCUUCUCCCCAGGACUUGCUGUUGCAACUAUUUUCACUGCAAAGGCGGAGGACAGACUCUGAGCAUAGUGGUGAAAGCUCUACUCCAGGUCGCGAGCUUUUAGAGCUGAUUUUGAGGUUCAAUGACAACAGUGAUGCUUCUUCAGAUGAUGGAGGAGAUACUGCCAGUCAAGACGACUUGUUUAGUUGAGAUGUUGAGCAAACCUUUUGGCUAUUAAAAAAAAUUCUAGUAAUUGUACAUAACAUAGGGUUUAAGUUAAAACUGUUUUGGAUUUUCUCAUGUCUACUGGUUAUUUUGUACCUAACUUCUAUAACAUUCAUUAAUGCUUUUCUUCUUUUACUA